ACUAUUUGAAAAAGACAGUUAACUGACAUCUCGGGGCACUGAAAGGUUGAAUUUUACAGAAAAACACAACACUCUCUUACAUUCAACCAUUUGUAUAGCUAUGAGAGCUUCUUUUCUGAUCAGUCGCCGGCAACCGUGGAUGGGGCAGCUGCUGGUCAUGGCCAGGAACAAGGCGCUAACCCUCCUUCUGAAGCUGUAUAGACGAACCCCCAUCUUCAGACCACGGCAUCUGCCGACAAGGAAUCGAACUCAGGACAGUGGCCCUGCUAGCGGAGAUCAUAUCACAUCAUAUCGCUUAGCCGAAGAUACUGUACUCGGCGGGUGCGGGCGGCUGGAGGUGUUAGAUGACCUCGAUGAAAAUCUUUUAGACUGGCAUAGUAUUCGCACACAGGGUAACUAUGAGCUAGCUCUAAUGGUGGGCGGCCAAUGGGAAGUAGAAUCCGAGGAGGACGAAUACGGCGACUACUAUGACUGUGAUGGAUGCGUGCAGUACGUGGAGUGGGAGGGGGAGGAUGAUCGAGAGGGGGAUCGCAUUGAGGAGGAUCUCGGACAGAGGAGGGCUGCCGGGGCUGGAGAUGCUAACGCCACGUCGAAGAGCCUUCAGCUUGAUUCCGGACUGCGUGUGACUCCCACAAAGCAAGGCAACUUCGCCAUCUAAGACGUGAAGCGUGGCAACGCCGCAGAGCCAACAAUAGAUACUCUUGUUUGGCGCCAAUACGAACGACAACAAUGUAAAACACUAGAGCACUUCGCCGAGAGGGCACGUCAAGUGCAGAGAGUAUCCGAGCCCGAAUCAAACAAAGAGCGGUGGCAGCAGGGGCGGUCUUAGAGUGUGCACAAAAACAUUUGCUGGUUGCUUAGUUUUUUUUGCCGGUGCAAAAAGUCGGCUGAGAGCGAACACCGAAAGCUUCCAUUCUCCCUCCAAUUUUUUUUCGGAUUCACAUUCACAUUCGCAAUUACAUUCGCAUCCAGAUUCCGAUUCUGAUGUCGACAACCCUCCCCCUGACACUCCGGUACCUCACCAGCGUCAUCACCGUCGCAGGUCAUACACGGCGUAUACACAAUCCAAAAAUAAAAAGCAAUCUU